AUGAGCGGUUUCUUCAUGAAAACGGAAUGGGAGGGUGCUCAGACAACCUUGUAUGCUGUACUGGCAACUGAUUUAGAGAAUGGUGGCUAUUAUGCUGACUGCGCGCCGGCAGCGAUCAAUCCCCAGGCCGAGGACGACGAAAUAUGUUUCAAGGUAUGGGAGAUGUCCUACAAGAUGGUGGGUUUGGAUACGCCCGAGAAGCCAACUGCCUUAAAUCACUGCAGAAAAUUUGGUUCAAUGCGACUGGAGCUAACCUUAAUCGGAAAAUAUCCCCCCAUGAAACCCUGUCCCAAAAGCCAAAAGAAGGGCAUAUACAUCGGACCACAGCGUAAAGCGAAGAAAGUCCGAAGGGUAAAUAACCAAAGACAGGUCCAGAUGCGCCGAUUGGAUACGGACCAUGCAGAAUCUAGUGAGAUUCCCCCGCUGCAAAUGAACACCCUCGUCUGUGGUGAUGUUGAAGCAGAGGCAAGUCAGAAGCAGGUUAUGGUCCCGAAACUUUUCCCAGUCACGAACACGUUCACGCAAGUUUUGGGCAAGGUUGAGUAA